CGACCACAUACAUAUUAAGCUCAGGUUUUCCCUCUGCACUCCCCAAAGAAUAGAGAGAAAACACCAAUUCUUAUUCCUUUUCUUGUUCCAUUCCAUUUCUCUCUCUGUGUUCUUUUCCUCUGUUCUUGAAGGGCAUAGGGAAAUGACAUGGAGGGUUUGCCAAAGCUAAUCAUAUCCUAUUUUUGAAGGCCUCCUUUGUCGUAGUCAAGAAAUUUUUAUCUUGAUCUUGAUCUUGAUUAUGGAAGGAGAAACAGAGGCACAGAUAGCAAAUGAUGCUGUAGCAACAUGCGAGGUUUCAUCGCCAUCAUCAUCGUCAUCAUCAUCUCCGAGGGGUGUGUUGGAGAUCCCGGUGACGGGUGGGUACUCGGACGGGGAGGGAGAGAAGGCGGGGACGGCAUGGGAGCUGAGUUAUGGGACUCUGCAUUGGAAGAAGCUGUUUGGGCAGAUGAAGAUGCGACCUACGAUGAAAUUCUCGACCAUCCCGUUGCUCGGUGGCUACGGGUACGACCUGUCGAAGAAGGCCUUCAAGAAGAGGCUGGGCAGGAAUCACAGUGCCGGUGAAGCUAUUUCUUGUGAGGACAUUGCCAUGCCCAAGCCUUCUUGGAGGAAUUUCACAUCUCAGCAGCUCAAUUUUGCCACUCAUAACUUUACCCCAGAUAAUCUGAUUGGGAAAGGAGGGCAUGCUGAAGUGUACAAAGGGGUUCUACCAGAUGGCCAACUUGUAGCAGUGAAGAAGAUCACAAGUGAAGAAAAGAACAAUGAGGAUAGAGUUGGUGAUUUCUUGUCCGAGCUCGGGAUCAUCGCCCACAUCGACCAUCCCAACACGGCCAAGCUGAUCGGAUUCAGUGCCGAUGGCGGCCUACAUCUCGUUCUCCAGUACUCUCCCCACGGAAACCUCUCCACCGUGCUACAUGGCGACGGGGAGGCUAUGGAUUGGGAUAGACGCUACAAGGUGGCCAAAGGGAUCGCCGAGGGCUUGCUCUACCUGCAUUGCGACUGCCAAAGGCGCAUCAUUCACCGCGACAUAACAGCUUCCAACAUAUUACUCUCUGAAAACUAUGAACCUCAGAUAUCUGAUUUCGGACUUGCAAAAUGGCUUCCAGAGAACUGGGUUCACCACGUUGUAUCUCCCAUUGAAGGCACUUUUGGAUACAUGGCUCCGGAAUAUUUCAUGCAUGGAGUCAUUCAUGAGAAGACCGAUGUGUUUGCCUUUGGAGUUCUACUACUCGAGAUCAUAACAGGGCGACGAGCUGUUGACACCUCCAGCAGACAAAGCCUUGUCAUGUGGGCAAAGCCAUACCUGGAAAAGAACAACAUUAAAGCAAUAGCAGAUCCAAAGUUAGGAGACAAAUACGACAUCACAGAAAUGAAACGUGCCAUGUUUGCAGCUUCCAUAUGCAUACAUCACUUGCCUAACAUGCGCCCAAACAUGUCGCGGGUUGUUAAGAUUCUAAAAGGCGAGAACGAAGUGGUGGAUGUAAAGCAGAAGUCGAUGGGAAUGAAAGCGUUACUCUGGGACUCUUGCGACUUGGAGGAUUACUCUUCAACGACGUACCUAAAGGACAUGAACCGGCAUAUGCAACUUGUCAUGGAGUGAUUCAACUUUUUUCUUCUUCAACUAGUCAAGGAAGCAUUCUCAUCUUAUUGUUUUCUUAUUUUCAUUACUUUCUUAAGUGUUUAUGCUAGCUUGUAUGAAAGUUUAGAUGAGAAGAAAGAGGAACUAUAAUAGAGGAGAAUAUAUAUAAAAAAAGUGAGAUGUAAAUAUACCUUUCUUUGUUUUUUUCCCUCUUCCUUUCUGGUGUUUUGUUUCUUAUUGCCCAUGGUGUAUUGCUAUGAAUGAAUGGAUGGAAAUGUUUUUGACA